CUUCUUCUCUCUCUCUCCCUCGAGAUACCCUUCAAUUGAACCUCAUUGUGCUACAAAAAUGGAGAAAUCUCGUCCCAUCUUUGAAAUCAUCGAUCUUUAGUUUUAACUGAUAAAGGAGAAAGGAAGGGAUAAGAGUUAUCGGGAAGCUUUGAAGACAUCUGCCGCCGCCGCACCCGCCUGCUAUUAUUACUGGUGUGUAAAACUCUUUUCACUCUGGUAUUUGUUAUUUACAAGAUCUGAAAGGUUGUGAUAUAGUUUCAUUUGGGUUGUGGAAAUGGGUAUUUGAUGACGAUUUGAAACUAUGAAGGAUUAUCUGGUUGACCCUGAGUUUAUUUUAUGGAUAUGAAAUCUUUUAUUUGAAUUGGGUAAUUGGAAUUAAAGCGUUUUGGGUUCUUUUCGUUUUGUUUGAUUUGAUAUGAAAGUUGAGUUGAGUAUGGGUAAUUUAGUUUGGAAAGAUGAAGACAAGUCUAUGAUUGCUGCUGUUUUGGGAACGAAAGCUUUUGAUUACUUGUUCAUAAACUCGCUAUCUGCUGAAUGUUCUUACACGGUGGUAGGAACUGAUGAGAAUUUGCAGAUUAAGUUAUCUGAUCUUGUUGAAAGACAAAACUUGUCUGAUUUUAGUUGGAAUUAUGCGAUUUUCUGGCAAAUUUCUCGAUCGAGAACAGGGGAUUUGAUUCUGGGUUGGGGAGAUGGGUGUUGUAGGGAGCCUAGGGAAGAAGAAGAUAGUGAAGCUAUUAGGAUUCUGAAUUUUCGUUUGGACGAUGAAACACAGCAGAAGAUGAGGAAGAAUGUUCUUCAGAAACUGCAUAAAUUGUUUGGUGGAUUAGAUGAUGAUUGUUAUGCUUUUGGAUUAGAUAAGGUUACGAAUACUGAACUGUUCUAUCUCGCUUCAAUGUACUUCUCGUUUCCUAAAGAUCAAGGAGGUCCUGGAAAAUGUUUCGCCUCGGGUAAGCAUGUUUGGAUAUCUGAUUUGUUGAAAUCGCAUUCAGAUUACUGCGUUAGAUCAUUUUUAGCGAAAUCGGCUGGAGUUCAGACUGUUGUUUUGGUUCCAACUGAUGUUGGUGUUAUUGAAUUGGGCUCGGUUAGGUCAAUUCCUGAAAACCUAGACCUUGUUCAUUCGGUUAGGUCUUUGUUUUCGGCUGUUAAGGUUAAACCAACUGCAGUUGUUCCGAUUUUUGGGCAGUCCCCUAGGAUUUUCGGGCAGGAUUUGAAUUUAGGUUGGCCUUUCCGCGAAAAGGUUAGAAAGGGGAAUGAUGAUAACGGUUUCCUUGGUUCUAAUUGGACGGGCAGUCGCCAGUUGGCCUCCACAAGCGAGGAUUUUCGGUUAAUUGAUUUCACUGGAGGCGCGACAUCCCAACCACCGCCACUAGCUGUCGUCCUAAGAACAACCGAAUCUGAGAAUUCUGAUAUGGAAGCUUCAGGAGGAAAAGAAGAAUGUACUGUAGACGAUAAACGUCCUCGAAAACGGGGGCGUAAACCUGCCAAUGGAAGAGACGAGCCGCUGAAUCACGUGGAAGCCGAGAGGCAGAGAAGAGAGAAGCUUAAUCAGCGAUUCUACGCCCUUCGAGCUGUUGUUCCUAACAUAUCGAAAAUGGACAAAGCUUCUUUAUUAGGCGACGCUAUUGCUUACAUAACCGAGCUUCAAAAGAAGCUGAAAGAUUUGGAAUCCGAAAGUCAGUCAACAAGCGUUGAAGUUAAAGCGAUAAAUGACGAAGUGAUUGUGCGUUUGAGGUCCCGUUUGGAUGCACACCCUGUUUCGAGAAUAGUACAAAUGUUUAAGGAGGCAAAAAUCGAUGUUCUCGAAUCAAAACUUGGUGUUGAACGUGAUAAUGUUGUUCAUUCGUUCGUGGUGAGGGCUCAAGGAACUGAGAAGCUGACUAAGGAGAGACUUAUAUCGGUUUUCUCGCGAGAGUCGAGUCCUUUACAACCGAUAUGAAAAACCAAAACGGGUAGGGAAUAUUUUUUGGUAUGGUAUAGAAAAGGUAAAAUGAACUUUGAGGAGGAAAUGGGUAGAAAUAGAGAAACAAUUGAUUAAAUUAAUUAUCCAUUGACAAUUAAGGCAGCAAUUAAUAUUAUUAUUUUGUUGUUGAUAUGAUAAUAUUAUACAGUUUUUAGACUUU